UAAGACAGUCAUGCUUUUUACACACCCCCCACCACGCCAUCGCCGCGACACGCGCGAGUGAAACCUGCGCCGGGCGCCCGCUCAGCGGCGUCGGAGACCGUCCCGCGAGCGCGAAGCGCGGAGGGAGCGUCCGUCCGGGGCGCCACGAAAAGCGCCCACCUUUUCUCGUCGAAUGGUCAGCACGAGGCGGCGUCGACCCCCCCUCCGUAGAGGGAGCGCCGCCUUCGAAUUCGGCCUUUUGAUGCUCGUCACGCGGACAACAACUGAGACAGAUUAGGACGCCGCAUCGUGCGCUCAGUAGCCCAGCGAGUAGCCGUCCGUCGUCUGGCGCAGGAUGCGCUUCUCCUCCUGGUUCCAGUCGCACUCGUUCCGCUGCUUCCGGGAGCGCUUCUCCUUCUGGUCGAAGGACUCGUGCUUGCCGUCCUUGCGCUUCGGGGCGCGGCUGCCCUUCGGCAGCUGCGGCGUGUCUUCUGCCGGCGGCUCCUCUUCCCGUCGCGUCGCGGCCUCCGCCUCCGCUUUGAUGCGUGCGCGCUCGCGCGCCUGCGCCUCUUCGCGCUCCUUUGCUUCGGCCGCGUCUCGCUUUUCCUUUUCGGCCCGCUCGCGCCGCGCCGUCGAGGCCUCGAGGGAUUCGCUCUCCGGCGGCUUGACCACGACGCUCUCUUUUCGCAGUGGCUGGGCUGGCGCACAGAGUGGUAUCUCUCCAAAGGAGCUGUCCGAGUCCGAGUCGUCGGCCAUUGUUGGCUCGGUAAAUCGACUGUUGCUGUGCUUGGCUCUGAAAUCUGCAGCGUGCUGCUUGGCCUUG